GUGCGGAGCAGGGCCGUGAAGAGCAGCUCGCCGAGGUUCCGCAGCACGAUGCAGCAGGACCUCUACGACGUCCUCGGCUCGCUGCAGCAGCUCGCGCCCGCCCGCGCCUCCACGCGGGGCGGCGCGGCGCCCGGCCCGAGGGCCGCCCGGGAGGCCGUGGCCCUGGCGCAGCGCCGCUUGCUGCCGUGGGAGAAGACCGACGAGCAGACCGGCAGGGAGGCGAAGCCCAACGACCUGGUCGGCGCCGCCUCUGGGGCGAAGUCGUACAACGCGAGGAGCGGGCGCAUCUUGGGCAUCCUCGGCGAAAUGCACGACGAGUUCACGCGCGACUUGGGGAACGCUCAGUACACGGAGUACCUCGCGCUGGUUUCUUUCCAGAAGUUGAAGUCCGCCAAGACUUCCGAGAUCUUCAUUGCGUCCGAGACGAAGGACAGGAAGGAGGCGGAGCUCGCCGACCUCCUUAACAGGAUGGCGCAGGCGAAGGAGCAGAGGGAGGAGAUGGAGGCCGCGAAGGCGGCGGACGAGACAUUCUUGUCGCAGAUGCAGGAGGGCUGCAAGAAGGAGGACGAGGAGUACCAGAAGCGCCUGGCCGUGCGGAGCGAGGAGCUCCGGGCCUUGUCCGAGACCCUCAAGGUGCUGACGGCGGAGGAGGCACGCGCAACGUUCUCCAGGUCCACGCUCAGCCUGCUGCAGGAGUCCUCCCAGCGCACCGAGCGGCGCGCGGCCGCGCGGGAGCGCGCGGCGGAGCGCGCGAUGCAGCGCAUCGCCCGGGUGGCCAAGGCGCACAAGAAUUGGGCGAUGUUGUCGCUCGCAGUCCGUGUGCGGCUCGACUCGUUCACAAAGGUCAUCGAGAUGAUGGACAAGAUGACGGCAGAGCUGAAAAAACAGCAGCAGGAUGAGUACGAGAAACACGAAUUCUGCAAACAGGAGAUCGAUGAGACGGAAGACCUGAUCAAGGUGCACACCAACACCAAAGAAAUGUUGGACGAGCAGCAUCUUGCCCUCACGGAUAAGCUUGCUUCUCUCAACAAGGACAUCGAUUCGUUGAAGAAGGAGGUGGCCGACAUGGAAGUGAGUUUGAAGGACGCAGGCGAGCAGCGCAAGGCUGAAAACGCCCUCUACCAGCAGUCGAUCAUGGACCAGCGUGCAGCGGUCAACAUCUUGAACAAGGCGCUGGAGCGGCUGAAGAUGUUCUACUCGAAGGACGCGACGUUUGUGCAGACUCGACAGGGCCCGCCCGUCCCCGGCGCCGCGGUGGCGCCUCCGCCGCCCCAGGGCCAGGCCUACGAGAGCUCCGGGGGCGCGGGCGGCGUGCUUCAGAUGAUGAUGACCAUCAUCACCGACGCCGAGGCGGAGGAGAAGGAGCUGGACGUAUCUGAGAACGCCGCCCAGAGGCGGUACGCAGAGUUCGUCACCGACGCCACCGCCAGCAUCGAAGCGGACCGUGAAGCCAUCACGGCGAACGAGAAGCUCGUCGCGUCCACGGAGGCGCAGAAGGCGGAGGUGGAGGGGGCGCAGCUGUCGAACGACGAGGAGCUGGGCAGGCUGGGCGACCUCCUCAAGGCGCACCACCUGGACUGCGACUUCCUGCUCAAGUACUUCGACCUGCGCCAGAAGUUCCGCGGCGAGGAGCUCGACUCCAUCGCCGAUGCGAAGGCGAUCCUCUCGGGCGCCGACUUCGGCAAGUGA